CUUGAAAAGCACGGCGGAGCAAUAAGCGAACCGCCGAACUAUCAACUUUGUGGUCGGACGACGAAGCGUGGAAUUUACGGCGGCCACGACGACGACGGAGAAUGGACGGCGAAGAAGGAGGAGGGAUUAGGCUAAGCAAAAGGUUCUCCGACAAAGCUGGAUCCGGCGAAGUCGAUUACAAGACCAAAGCCGGCACCGCCUGGAGCCAUUCCUAUCUCAACCAGAAGCCAUGGCAUCCUCUCUCGUACCCUAAUCAGCGCCGCAAAUGGAUCGCCGAGCAGACUCACUCACAGCGAGAGAAGCGCGCCGAGGAAGUUGCUCGAGAGUAUGCUCAAGAGCAGGAGUUCUUUCGCCAGACUGCUCUGGUCUCCAAGAAAGAGAAGGAAAAGUUGGAGAUGAUGAAAGCGGUCAGUUUCAUGUAUGUACGACCUCCUGGUUACAAUGCUGAAAGUGCAAAAGCUGCAGAAAUUGCUGAUGACAGGAAGAAACAAGAGGGAGAUAACCCCUCUCAGGAUCUGCCCAUAGAUAGCUCUGCAAAUGAAAGGCCACCAGAAUCAUCAAGCACCGUCGGUAGGGAGCCUGGUAAAAAACCGAGGCCAAAAGAUGUUUUUGGGCGUGCGUUGCCCACUGAAGAAGAAUUUGAAGUAUUGAAAAAUGCUCCUAGGAUGGACACAGGUGUUUUUGCAAGAGUGAAACCUUUUGGGGUAGAAGUACGCAAUGUAAAAUGUGUAAGAUGUGGAAUUUUUGGUCAUCAAAGUGGUGACCGUGAAUGUCCUUUGAAGGAUGCUAUAAUGCCAAAUGAAGAAAGCCGAUUGAAAAGAGAUGACCCUCUAACCACCAUACUUGCCAAUGCAGAGACCAGCGAGCCUCUAAAGUGGGAGUUGAAGCAGAAACCAGGAAUUAGUCCUCCCCGUGGAGGGUUUAAUCCAGACGAUCCAAAUCAGCAAAUAGUUGCUGAGGACAUAUUUGAUGAGUACGGAGGCUUUCUCAGCAGUGGCGGUAUUGUCCCUGAAUUGCUGUCCAACUUUUCAAGCAAACCCAAGAAAAAGAAGGUUUCAAGGCAAAGCUCAAGGAAAAAGUUUCAGUCAUCUUCUAGUAGAAAAGAAAAGGACCUAGAAGAUGAUGAGAGAAUAUCAAAGAAGAAGCGUAAAUCUAAAAGAAAGAAACAAGUCAAUAGUGAAUCAAGUUCUGAAACUUCAGAGUCUGAUAGGCGAGAUAGAAGGAUCAAGCACAAGAUCUCACAUUUGUCCAAUGAUUCUGACUCCAAAACGCAUCAUAAGACUAAAAAGCAUAGAAGGAAGCAUUUAAAUACUUCAGAUGUUUCCGAAACCUCGGAGUCCAACAAUGAUAGAAGAAACAAGCACAAAAUUUCGUAUUUGUCCGAUGAAUCCGACUCCAAAACACAUCGUAGGACUAAAAAGCAUAGAAGGAAGCAGUUAAAUACUUCUGAUGUUUCCAACUUUGAGUGGCCUCAUAUUGCUGAUCGAUAUUGCCCAGAACCAAGCCCGCCUGAUAUUUCAGGCUCCGAGAGGCAUGACAAAGGGAGGAAACGCAAGGAUUUUUAUUCAUACAAAAGACUGGACUCUGAAUUAGAACACAAAUCAGGUAGAAAAAAUCAAUCACACUCCUCUGAAGAUUCCGGAUUUGAGAGACAUCCAUUAAGUGACAAAACCAGAUCCAAACAUUCCUCGUCGAAAGGCCUACACUUAGAUAGUCAUCAUUCAAGUAGCAAAACGAGAUCAAGGAAGUCUUAUUCAUCUGAUGAUUCUGAAUCGAACAGGCAACGUAGAAGCAAAGGCUGGAAGAAUUAUUACUCAUCAGAUGAUUCUGAUAAAGAGAAACGUGAUCGAGUUAAGAAGAGAAGACAUUAGUAUAUCUUACCUUGUGUAUAUAUUCAGGAUCUGGGGGACUUGACUUCACAAUAAUCAUGAAUAUCAGUUUGUUCUUCAUGAAUGAAUUAUUUAGGCUCCACGGACGUGUACUAUAUAUUAAACUUGAAGGAUGAGCAAAGAUGUGAAGUCUUCCAGAUGCUUUUUUGGAGCUUGGCAUUUUCAAAGUAAGAUAGCUGGCUGGCGUUGGUUUCUAGCAGGUAAUGUCUCUAAAAUUUGAUUAAAUUGAUUUUUAUUACUGAUUAUAUUUGAUGAGAUUACACAUGGGAAUAUGAUGGAAAAUUGAAAAUUGCAUACAGAAGUUAAUUGAUUAAGAUAUGGUGGAGAAUUAGUUGGUUCUUUGAUUGAGGAACAUCCUACUAUCAGUAUCGAUCCAUUGUUAUAUCGUGGUAGAAUAUGACAAGUAUUGAACUUUACCCUUAUUGACUUUCAUUGAUAACAUCCCAUCUCAAGUAUUUGCUCAUUAUUGAA